CAGAGAGAGAGAGAGAGAGAGAGAGAGAGAGAGAGACAGAGAAGCAAUUGGACAUUCGAUCUAGUGACAUCGGGCAAUUCUUCUCUCUCUCUCUCUCAUCGUCGUUUCAGAAUGUCUGGUCGCCACGAGAAAGAGAAGGGUGUGAACGUUCAAGUCCUUCUUCGCUGCAGACCAUUUAGCGAAGAGGAGUUGCGGAACAAUGCCCCGCAAGUGGUUACCUGCAAUGACUAUCAGAGAGAGGUUGCAGUUUCGCAGAACAUUGCCGGGAAGCAUAUUGAUAGGGUUUUCACAUUUGACAAGGUUUUUGGUCCUUCAGCACAGCAGAAAGAUCUUUACGAACAAGCCGUCAUUCCUAUUGUAAAUGAAGUUUUAGAAGGCUUUAAUUGUACCAUUUUUGCCUAUGGCCAGACGGGCACGGGAAAGACGUACACAAUGGAAGGUGAAUGCAAGAGAUCCAAGAGUGGGCCAAAUGGAGAAUUGCCUCCAGAAGCGGGUGUCAUACCUAGAGCUGUGCAGCAAAUUUUUGAAACUUUGGAGAGUCAAAAUGCUGAAUAUAGCGUAAAGGUCACAUUCUUAGAAUUGUACAAUGAGGAGAUCACUGAUUUGCUGGCGCCUGAAGAGUUAUCCAGAGUUUCUUUGGAUGACAAGCAGAAAAAACAGCUACCUCUGAUGGAGGAUGGGAAAGGUGGAGUUCUUGUAAGGGGAUUAGAAGAAGAAAUUGUCACAAGUGCUAGUGAGAUUUUUACUUUACUUGAAAGAGGCUCUGCAAAGCGUCGCACAGCUGAGACUUUAUUAAACAAACAAUCAAGUCGGUCACAUUCUCUCUUCUCUAUUACAAUACACAUCAAGGAACCAACCCCAGAGGGUGAAGAACUCAUAAAAUGUGGGAAGCUUAAUUUGGUUGAUUUAGCUGGCUCAGAGAAUAUUUCUCGCUCUGGUGCUAGGGAGGGUCGUGCAAGAGAAGCUGGAGAGAUAAACAAAAGUUUACUUACUUUAGGGAGAGUUAUUAAUGCCCUUGUGGAGCAUCUUGGCCAUGUUCCUUACAGAGAUAGCAAGCUCACACGGUUACUUCGUGAUUCAUUGGGAGGGAGAACAAAGACAUGCAUUAUAGCCACAGUAUCACCAGCUGUACAUUGUCUGGAGGAGACCUUAAGCACGCUGGAUUAUGCGCACAGGGCCAAAAAUAUAAAAAAUAAGCCUGAGGUUAACCAAAAAAUGAUGAAAUCAACUCUUAUUAAGGACCUUUACAGUGAAAUUGAUCGACUUAAGGCGGAGGUUUAUGCUGCACGUGAGAAAAAUGGUGUCUAUAUUCCAAAAGAGCGAUAUUUUCAGGAGGAGGCUGAGCGGAAGGUGAUGACAGAUCAGAUUGAACAAAUGGGUGUCAUGCUAGAAACACAUCAGAAGAAAAUUGAGGAGCUGCAAGAUAAAUAUGUCUGUCAGGUCAGACAAUGCUCUGACUUGAGCGGCAAACUUGAUGUUACCCAGAAAAAAUUGAAAGAGACUGGUGAAUUGUUGGCUAGUACUGAAGAAGAGUUGAAGAGAUGCCAAUAUGCUCUGAAGGAGAGGGAUUAUAUAAUAUCUGAACAGAGGAAAGCGGAAAAUGCUUUAGCUCAUCAGGCAUGCGUUUUGCGGUCUGACUUGGAGAAAUCUCUUCAGGAUAAUGCUUCAUUAUUUUUAAAAAUUGCCAGGGAAGACAAGUUAAAUGCUAAUAACAGGUCAGUGGUCAAUAAUUUCCAAGCACAGCUUGCACAACAGAUUGGUUCUCUUUGCAACACAGUGUCGACAUCAAUGUCUCAACAACAUGAGCACCUCCAGGGGGCUGAGGAACAGUGCCAUUCAUUUUUGAGCAUACAUAAUAAUACGGUUAUUGAUUUGAAGAAAAAAGUGGUGGCUUCAAGAGCUUUGUUUAUGUCUCAUAUUGAGGCUGUGCAAAAUGUUGUUCGUUUGCACAAGGCAAGCUUUGAUGCUGGUUUGGAGGAAAUCUCCUCUAUGACUUCUUCUAAUGCACAUUCUAUUGAACAAUUUUUAGCUGCAGAAGCUGGUGAAGCCGGUUCCAUGUUUGACGAUCUUCAAAGUGCACUGGCAACUCACCAAGGAGAAAUGGCACUUUUUGCAAGGGAACUGCGCCAGCGAUUCCAUCUUAGCAUUGAGCACACCAGGGAUAUAUCCAAGUAUACAGAUGGAUUUCUCCAUAAGCUCUUGGAGGAAUCAGGAAGGCUUGAAAGUCAUGCCGGAGAAGCUGAUCAGAUUCAGAUGAACAGCAUUGAUGAAUUCCAGAAGGCUUAUGAGGAACAGUCAAAAUCUGAUGCAGAGAAGCUCAUUGCUGAUGUGACCAAUUUAGUAUCUAGUCACAUUCGUCGUCAAAAAGAGUUGGUGGAUGCAAGGCUUAUUGGUCUCAAAGAAACCGUUGUCUGCAACAAAGAAUUUUUAGAUGGACAUAUUUCUUCACUGCAUGGUAUUACAAGUGAUGCAAAAAGAAAAUGGCAGGAGUUCUCAAAACAAGCAGAAAGUGAUGCCAGUGACAAUGCUGAUUUCUCUGCUGCCAAACAUUGUCGUAUGGAGUUGUUUCUACAGCAAUGUGUAAGCACAACCGAAACAGCUCAGAAGAAUCAGAAGGGGAUGCAUGAGUCUCUGUGUGAGAUGGGUAGUAAACAUGUUUCAACUAUGGCAUCAUUUGUCAGGAAUGCUUUGGAUAGUAAUGAGCAGCAUGAUGCUGAGGUUAAUUCUGCCCGGGUUGUUGCCGAGCAUGAUACCACAAAGAGUAGCGAAGAUAUCCUUCAGCACUUUGACAAUUUCUCAGAGCAGGAGAGAGGAUCUAUAUCUGGAAUCCUAGAGAUCAUCAAAGCUCAUGAAAAAACUCUAAAGCUUUUGGGGGAUGAUCAUUCUGGCCAAGCUGCUUUCGUAAAACAGCAGGCUCAGGACAUUUUCCAGCAAAGAUACCUGGAUUAUGAGCCUACUGGCACAACACCUACAAGAUGUGAGCCUGAUGUACCAAGCAAGGGGACUAUUGAGUCACUGCGGGCAAUGCCAAUGGAGGCUCUUCUUGAGGAUUUUCGGGACAACCAUUCAUUCGAAUCAUUUGGGUUGAAGGAACUAAAACCAUCUCUUAUACCGCGUUCACCUCUAAGUGAGCUCAACUGAUGAUGGAGUGGUUUGUCUCAUCUGCAUGCAAUGCAACAUGCUGGCCUCAAGAUCUGUAUGUGUAUUUUUCCUGUACACUCAUUAUUGCAGUUUGAAAAAUAGAGGGAGGUGGCAUUGGGAGGAGGGGGGCGGGGUUCUUGUUUGUAUCUUUUAUAGGAAGAUUGUAAUAGGCUGAGGUCUGAAUAAAUCCCAACUUGGGAUUUCACAUCUACAGUUUGAUGAAGGGUUGUAAUCACAGGAAGGCUCCUCCUUUUUUGUGGUUCUAAGUUUUAUUCACAGAAAUUGGAUCAGUCAGCAAUUUGCGGUGUAAUAUAAAAUGUUUUUGAUUAUCUGAAGGACAAAUAUAGAUGUAUUGUUAGGUAGGUUCUUGGAAUCCAUAAGCUAUUUUUUAGAUCUUUUUUUAUGUUAUGUUAUUUAAAGAUGAUUUUUUUUUUGGAGGGUUUGCUUGAAUUGUGCCAUGUUAUGAGUAUCACUUCACAUGUAUUUGUGCUUGGAGAAAAAAGUUUGUAGAAUUCCUCUCUGGAUAUGUCGCAAGUAGAAGUGCUGAAUUGAUAAAUUACUUGG